AACCCAGCAAAGGAUCCUCCAAAGGCCACCAUGACCAAGCUUCGGGAAAGAUCAACAGCGUCAUCAUCAUCAUCAUCACCAUCGUAUCGUCAUUCCAGCAGCCAAGCAAGAAGAGCCAUGCCUUCGUUCCACCAAAUCGCCUUGUUUGUAUCCGUCCUGGUCAGCAGUUCGUUGCUCGUAGUAGUACCAGUGACUGCCAACAAUCCCAAUGGCGAGACCCCGUGGGCACUCCACAACAACAACAUCCAAUCGCGUGUGCAACAGUACAUGAAAGAUCCCGAUGCGACGGCACAAGAGCACGGAGCCAUUCGAGACUGGGAUCUCCGCAACGUGACGAGUCUUCGAAAUCUGUUCUCGUUCAAUGAACGAUUCAACGAAGAUAUCAGUCGCUGGAAUGUAUCGGCCGUGACCGAUUUUAGCUCCAUGUUUUGGGACGCUUCCAGAUUUGAUCGCAAUUUAGGUAGUUGGGACGUGAGCAAGGCCGAAACCAUGGCCUGCAUGUUUUGUGGCGCCCGCAAAUUCAAGGGAGAAGGAUUGGAACAGUGGUCCGACAAGUUACACAAUGUCAAGGACAUGUUCAACAUGUUUGGUGGAUCCGAUAUCCAAGCGGAUUUGCGCGACUGGGAGGUUUACUCGGUCACCAAUUUCCGAGAAACGUUCAAAGAUACCCCCAAUUACAAGCAAAAGUUGUGUUGGAAUGUCACCCCCGUGGCACAUGCCGUCGAUAUGUUUAAUGGAUCCGGAGCCUGUUUCAAGGACGAUUGCGUCUUGUACGAAAUCUCGGUCGAGGCCGGUUGCUCGGCAGCUUGGUCGCCUCUUGUGAUGUCGUCUCUGUGGUUGGUGGCAGCCAGUUUGGUAGUGUCGUUCUGUUUAGCGUAGUGGCUUGGAAAUGAGAGGCCUUUGAGCGUGCUGCUUACGCUUGUGAGCCACAUUUAUGUUUUUGGGAACAACCAAUCUUCUUUCUUUAUGCAAUGAAUGAAAUAAAUGAUAAAUUUGAAUGCUUUUGUGUGGUCUGUGUGCU